AUGGCUUCUCCUUCAGUUUCAUCAGUUCAAAAGAUGUUCAUGUAUGAUGUCUUCUUGAGUUUUCGGGGUGAAGACACCCGCAAGACGUUUGUUGAUCAUCUCUAUCUUGCUCUUCACCAGAAAGGCAUUACCACUUAUAAAGAUGAAGAAAGAAUGGAGAAAGGGGAAAGGAUCAGUGAUCAGCUUAUCACUGCCAUUGAAGACUCGAGAUUUCACAUAAUUGUUUUCUCCAAGAACUAUGCUUCUUCAUCUUGGUGCUUAGACGAGCUCGUCAAGAUUAUGGAAUGCCAAAAGACAGUGGAGCAGACUGCUUACCCCAUCUUCUAUGACGUGGAACCAACCGAAAUCCGCAACCAAAGUGGGGUGGUAGGAGAAGCCUUUGCAAAACAUGUAGAGAAAGAGGCUGCUGGGAGAUGGAGAGAUGCUCUGAUAGAAGCAGCCGGUCUAGGUGGGUGGGAGUUGAAGAACACUUUGGAUGGUAUUCUAAUGGAAUCAUCUUUAACAUGCAGACAUGAAGCAAAAUUCAUUCAACAAAUUGUUGUAGAGGUUUCACUAAAGCUACAUUUCUUUAAUUCAAGCAUUGAUGAGAGGUUAGUAGGCAUGGAGACCCGGGUAAAGCAUGUGGUUUCAUCAUUAGAAAUUGAUUCUGAUGAUGUUCGUAUGAUUGGGAUCUGGGGGAUGGGAGGUAGUGGGAAGACGACGUUGGCCAGAGCUGUUUUUGAUCACAUAUCCAUUUGGUUUGAAGGUAAAAGCUUUGUUGAGAAUGUCAGAGAAGUUUCAAAAGGCUCUUUGUCUGGUCCGAAGAAAUUGCAAAAACAGGUCCUUAGAAAUGUGUUAAAUGAUCAAGGCAUUAUUGUAACAAGUGUUUAUGAUGGAAAACAUAUGAUGAAAAAGAUGAUGGGUAGUAGAAAGGUUCUUGUAGUUCUAGAUGAUGUGGAUGAUAUAGGUCAGCUUGAAGCGUUAGUUGGUGAUGCUGCAUGGUUUAAGCCGGGGAGUAGAAUCAUCAUCACAACAAGAGAUGAGCAAGUGUUGAAAGCACAUCGAGUGAACAUUAUUCAUGAUGCAUGUUUGUUAUCAUAUAAGGAAGCAAUUUGUCUCUUCAGUAGGUGUGCAUUUGGGAGAGAGAUUCCAAAUCAUGGGUAUAAAGAGCUCUCUAGAAAAGUUGUACAUUAUGCUGCCGGUCUUCCCUUAACAAUCAAAGUUUUGGGUUCAUUUCUUUUUGAUAGAACCCAGGGUGAAUGGGAAGAUACCAUCCAAAGACUAAAGACAAUUCCGUUGAAAGAAACUUUGGAAAAACUUGAAAUAAGCUAUAAUGGUCUAGAGGAUGAUCAAAAAGAAAUAUUUCUUGAUAUUGCUUGCAUACUUAAAGGUACAACUAAGAAUAGAACAAUCAGAAUACUUGAAAGUUGUGGGUUUCGUGCUCAUAUUGGUUUAAGAGUUCUUGAACAAAAAUCCUUGUUAACUAUAACUAAGGAUAAAGAUGUUGCUUCGCAUUUUUAUGAUGAUUUUGAGAGGUUGCUCCUGCAUGACCAUAUAGUGGAAAUGGGAAUGAGUAUUGUUCGGCGCGUGCACCCUGAGGAGCCUAACAGACAUAGGCGGUUAUGGAUUAAAGAAGAAAUUGAAGAUAUACUAGUUAAUGAAUUGGGUACUGAAUCAACAAGAAGUAUACAACUAUGGAAUUCGGAUCUCCAUCCAGCAAUAAUUAUGAAAGGUCUUAAAAAGAUGAAGGAACUUAGAUUUCUUUGUGUGCUACCUGGAAGAACAUGGCAAGUUGAUGAAGUUAACCAACACUUACCAGAUGCUUUACGAUCUCUAUCUUGGCUUCGUUACCCUUUUCAGUCUUUACCUACAACGUUUCAAGCAAAUAAGCUAGUUAACCUUGAAAUGAUUAGGAGCAAGAUCACUGAACUUUGGGAAGGGGGAGAAAGAAAGGUUCUUGAUAAGAUUAGAUUCCUUGACCUCAGUCAUUCUAAAUUAAGAACCUUUGACAUUAGAAUGACUCCACAUCUCGAGGAGUUAUAUCUUAGUGAAUGUCCAGAUCUUCUCAAACUCCACAUGCUAGGUGAAUAUCCAAAACUCAAACUCAUCGAUCUUAGUGGUUCUGUGGAGGUGCAUAAGCUUCACCUUGGGAUGACUCCACAUCUUGAGAAGUUAAAUCUUGAAAGAUGUUAUAAACUUUUAGAACUCCAUUUGACCGUUGAAUGUCCUAACCUCAAAUUCCUUGACCUUAGUUAUUCUCAGGUGAAUAAUCUUAACCUCAGGAUGACUCCACAUCUUGAGAAGUUAAAACUUAGCGGAUGUGCUCGUCUUCAAGAAGUUCACGCUCCCAUGGGAUGUCUAAAUAAUCUUUUCUACUUAAACUUACGUGGUUGCUCGAGGUUUGAAGAUUUUUCUGUUGACAAACGACGUCAAACAACUAGUACUUCUAUACUAACUGCAACAACCGUAUAUGAAUGCCCACUGCAUCCUGAGAAUAAUUUGCCAACGUUUCAGCUUACAUGUGUUUAUGAUGAAACUAUAUCCUCAUGGUGUGGAAAUAUUGAGAAUCUUUUUUCUUCUAGUCUGUGUGCUUGCCCAAAGCUUGAGUCAUUUUUUGCAAGCAUUUGUGGUUUACAACAUGUAAGAGAGCUUAACCUCGAAAGCAGAAGAAGUCGGAAGGUGCCCAAGGAUAUUUGUCAGUUAGAAAGUCUAGAGAAGCUAUCUAUGAGGAUGGAUGAGAUUAGGCAUCUUCCGGAUGACAUUUAUAUGUUGAAACAUCUGAAAUCACUUGAUCUUCAAUAUUGUGGGCGUCUAUUGCAGUUGCCGGAGGAUCUUGGUAGGUUAGAGUGUUUAGAGGAGUUAAACCUAAGUAAUUGUUCAUACUUACAAGAUAUCCCGAACAGCAUAUGUAACAUGAAGUGCUUAACACUAGUACAAAAUAACUUUUUUGGUGCUGUAUUUUAUGCUUUAUUUUAUGUUGUACCAUAG